UCGAUUCUUUGCCGCAGUUUGUCAGUAUCCGUUGUCCAGAAGCCAUCCACAGGUGUCAUCUACUAAGGCUAUUUGUCACUGGUCAUAUUCAGAGUAUAAAAGCGAAAGCUCGCUCGAUCAGCCAGCAUUCUAGCAGUUGCUUCUGUAGAAGGCGAAAACAUAAGCACUCGAAAAUGUUUACUACUCGAUUUGCAAUUCUUUUAAUUGUGGCAUUGAUUAUUACAAUCAUCAAUGUUGAUGCUGCAUAUCGUAAACCACCUUUCAACGGCAGCAUUUUUGGCAAACGUGCCAAUUCCAUUUCUGGUAAUCAUUAUGAUAUGGCGACCCGAGCUAUGGAUGCUAUAUGUGAAAUAGCAAGAGACAACUGCAAUUCAUGGUACUCGCAUCAAGAUUCUAACUAAUACAAUAUCGUCGAAAAAUUUAGUAGAUUGAAAAUAGUAGGUCGAGCGCUUGAAGUUGAGCAUCAAGAAAAUGUCGGUUUAGUUAUGAAUAAUUAAAUAUCUAAUAUUUUAAAGAAAAAUCAUAAAAAAAUAUCAAUUUCUUUGCUAUAAUUUCAAAGUAAUUUAGUUCUAUGAUCCUUCGUCACUAUGUAUAAGCUAUUAUUUAUUCAAUAAAGAUGUGAU